AGCCGGAGGAGAAGGAGGGAGGGGAGAGCGGUGGCGGCGGCUGCGCCGGGCUGUGUCUCUCGCCGCCGGAGGAAGAUGAGGCUGAAGAUUGGGUUCAUCUUACGCAGUUUGCUGGUGGUGGGAAGCUUCCUGGGGCUCGUGGUGCUCUGGUCUUCCCUGUCCUCUCGACCCGACGACCCAAGCCCGCUGAACAGGAUGAGGGAGGACAGAGAUGUCAAUAACCCUAUGCCUCACCGAGGAGGCGAUGGAUUAGCUCCUGAGGAUGACAGAUUCAAACCUGUGGUGCCCUGGCCUCAUGUUGAAGGAGUAGAAGUGGACUUAGAAUCUAUUAGAAGAAAAAACAAGGCCAAAAAAGAACAGGAGCGCCAUGCUGGAGGAGAUUCCCAAAAAGAUAUAAUGCGGAGACAGUAUCUCACAUUUAAGCCUCAGACAUUUACCUACCAUGAUCCUGUGCUACGCCCAGGGAUCCUCGGUAACUUUGAACCCAAAGAACCUGAGCCUCAUGGAGUGGUUGGUGGCCCUGGAGAGAAAGCCAAACCAUUGGUUUUGGGACCAGAAUACAAGCAAGCAGUUCAAGCCAGCAUUAAAGAGUUUGGAUUUAACAUGGUGGCAAGUGACAUGAUCUCACUGGACCGCAGCGUCAAUGACUUGCGUCAAGAAGAAUGCAAGUAUUGGCAUUAUGAUGAAAACCUGCUUACUUCCAGCGUGGUCAUUGUCUUCCAUAAUGAAGGGUGGUCAACUCUCAUGAGAACAGUGCACAGCGUGAUCAAAAGGACUCCAAGGAAAUACUUAGCCGAAAUUGUAUUAAUUGAUGAUUUCAGCAAUAAAGAACACUUAAAAGAAAAACUGGAUGACUACAUUAAGCUGUGGAAUGGCCUUGUGAAGGUAUUUCGAAAUGAGAGAAGAGAAGGUUUAAUUCAAGCACGAAGUAUUGGUGCUCAGAAGGCUAAACUUGGACAGGUUUUGAUUUACCUUGAUGCCCACUGUGAGGUGGCAGUUAACUGGUAUGCACCACUUGUAGCUCCCAUAUCUAAGGACAGAACUACAUGUACUGUGCCUCUAAUAGAUUACAUAGAUGGGAAUGAUUAUUCCAUUGAACCACAGCAAGGUGGGGAUGAAGAUGGCUUUGCCAGAGGGGCCUGGGACUGGAGUUUACUAUGGAAACGUAUUCCUCUAAGCCACAAGGAAAAGGCCAAAAGAAAGCAUAAAACUGAACCUUAUCGGUCUCCCGCUAUGGCUGGGGGAUUAUUUGCCAUUGAAAGAGAGUUCUUCUUUGAAUUGGGUCUUUAUGAUCCAGGUCUCCAGAUUUGGGGCGGUGAAAACUUUGAAAUCUCAUACAAGAUAUGGCAGUGUGGUGGCAAAUUAUUGUUUGUCCCGUGUUCCCGUGUUGGACACAUCUACCGUCUUGAGGGCUGGCAAGGAAACCCUCCACCCCUGUAUGUUGGGUCUUCUCCAACUCUAAAGAAUUAUGUUAGAGUUGUGGAGGUGUGGUGGGAUGAAUAUAAAGACUUCUUCUACGCUAGUCGUCCUGAGUCAAAGGCACUACCAUAUGGAGAUAUAUCUGAGCUGAAAAAAUUUCGAGAAGAUCACAACUGUAAAAGUUUCAAGUGGUUUAUGGAAGAAAUAGCUUAUGACAUCACUGCACACUACCCUUUGCCUCCCAAAAAUGUUGAAUGGGGAGAAAUCAGAGGCUUUGAAACUGCAUACUGCAUUGAUAGCAUGGGGAAAACCAACGGAGGCUUUGUUGAACUAGGACCCUGUCACAGGAUGGGAGGGAACCAGCUUUUCCGAAUUAAUGAAGCAAAUCAGCUGAUGCAGUAUGACCAGUGUUUGACAAAAGGGCCUGAUGGAUCAAAAGUUAUGAUUACACACUGUAACCUGAAUGAAUUCAAGGAAUGGCAGUACUACAAGACCCUGCAUAGAUUUACUCACAUUCCUUCAGGAAAGUGCUUAGAUCGCUCAGAAGUCCUACAUCAAGUGUUCAUUGCCAAUUGUGACUCCAGUAAAAUGACUCAAAAGUGGGAAAUGAAUAACAUCCACAGUGUUUAGAAAGAGUAAGAGAAACCAACAAUCUACCUACUGACAAAUAUAUUUACACAGGACUGAAAACCGCCUGGAACCUGCUGCAACAAUUAAUUCUGUACAGCUCCAAACCUGGAACCUCUGAUCAGUUUGAAGGACAUUGAUAUAAACUGUGAUUUUACAAUAACAUUAUCAUCUGCAGUUACUGUUUACAAAACUGCUUUUACCUUAAACUAUGUAGAUGUUUACAUCCUUUCUGUUUUGUUUUUAAGAUGAUGUUGGAAAAUUAUGCCUUUAACUCUGUUUUGUGAGAACAGAGUUAAAAGCAUGUUGUCUUCUUUGGGAUUACACUCAGGGGUCUGAAAGGCAGUUUGAUUUUUUAGUUUAUUUUUUGGUUUUUUUUUUUACACACUUGAAAAAAGGUUGGAGUAACCAGACUUUCAUAUAUGACAUGGUGAUUAUCAACCUGUUGUGUAUUUAAUUGUACAUCUUUUUGAAGCACUGCCACAGGUGACAAGCCACGGUGGCCUUCCUUCACAGUCAUGCUGCUUUUUUGAAAGGUGAAUUUCAACACAUUUAGUGCCUCUUUCAUUUCUCAGUGUAUUUUUUGAGAGCUUUUGAUGAAAUUUAUAGAAUGGUAAUGACUGGGUGAACUGUCAUCGGUAUGGGAAAUAUUUUUACUACUCAGAAAUGAAUUUACAUGUUACCAUUGCCUAUGAAUAUUUUACGGCUUAGCAAGAAUGACAAUUUGGAACAUUUCAAGGCAAUUCCAUAGGGUUUAAAGAUUUUUUGUGGCAUUGACCCUUUCACCUGCUGGCAUUUUCAGUGCCAUCUGUUUUUCAACUCUUAGGAGAGCAAAGAAGGCUUCCUCCAACUAGAGAAAAAUCACCCACAGACAUUUGCAAUCUUCUUUCCCCCACUAUCUAUCAGUAAAGGAAAACUAUAAAUCUUUGUUUUGAAACUUGAAAGGGGGUUGGGAGUAAAUAAAUAAUAAUAAAAUAAAGCACCAGUAUAAACACAUCAAAGUUUCGUUCUAAGUAGGGUAAGACUUUCCGAGCCCUUAGACCAAGCCUGGGAAGAUGCCUGUGCAGUACAACUCAAGCUGUGUAACCUGUGAAAACAAGAAUAAGUUGAUGCCUCAGUACUUCAUUCUAAAGAAAUUCCCUGUACAUUUUUACAAUGAAAAACACUAUUUAGGAAUAUAGUUUAUCAACAAAUGUGAGCUACUUUCUGUUAAAUUGAUAGUUCUACAGUGCUUUAUUUCUUUUUUAGGAAAUGUGCUUUUAUUAGUAUUUUUACCAUUGAAGAGAUGAUUUGAACAUUGAGACUAUACUACUAGAGGAGAACCAAAUAUUGAAAAUAGUCAUUUUAGUCUUAUUUCCUAAAUAGUCUUCUAUUACCCAAAAGAUUAAAAUGCCUAAGUUGAGUGCCAAAAAAAUGUGAUAAGAUUGAGAAUGAAAAGUAAAUGAAACAUGUUUGAUCUUGUAAUCAUGGUACCAUUGCAAUGAGAGGAAUUUACAAACUACUGCCAGAAGGAAAUAUUUUUAAAUAAAGCUUAAAAACAGAAAAAACUAUAUUUGUUUAAAAGAAAAGCCUACAAAUUUGUUUUCUCCAAGCUUAGUUCUUCAAUUUGGAGAACAAAAGUUAAAACAUCCUAAACAGAGUGUUAUUUAUAAUUUUGGAUUGUCAAUUUGUAUUUUGAUACUGAUCUGUGAUCAACCAUUUUAACUUUCACUCAUCUAUAGAGAUAUUUAAAAAGAAAUAUUUAUAUGCUUAUACAAUUGCAAAUAAAUCAAUCAUAAAAAAGAAACUAAAAAACUUGGUAAUUACUUGCGUAUUUGCAAUAGACAUCAUUUUCCUUGUUGAGGAGAUUAUAACCUUAUCUAUGCAUAGGCCUAAGAAAGGUGGCACAUAAAACUAUGCAUAUGAUUUUAUGGGUUAAUUAAAUGGGUAUUUUGUGCAAUUUGUUAAGAAGAUACUCUAUGACCAAGACUCUGUAUACUGAAAUGAGAAACUUUACCAAACAUGAAAAACAUCAGAAGCUGCUGCCAUAAUAACCAUUUUCUACUGUAGUGUAGCUGCUUUGGAAAUAAUUCCCAUGUCCUUGCUUUGUAAGUUGAUAAUAUCACUAUGCAUUUCUACACAUUUUAUAAAUUUGAUUUAUGCAGAUUUUGAUACACUGUAUGUUUCUGUAGAAAUUGUAUAAUAUUCAGAAUUUUAUUAGGAUAAAUUUGAGAAGCUUAUGUAUAUCUUAACUCUUGAGUUGCUUGAUUUUUUUA